AUGGGUCAGGCGCUCUCCAUCUGGUCGAACCCGCUUCCUGUAAUCGAGGUCCCCACUAAUGGAACUUAUGAGUUUACUGAAGGACCUCUUCUUCCUGGCCAGCGCAUCGUAGGAGGCCAUGAGGCAGAUCCGUACAAGUACGGGUACCAGGCUUGUGUUACAGACAAAGCCAACUUCUACUGUGGGGGUUCUAUCAUCAAAGAUAAUAUAGUCCUGACAGCUGCCCACUGCAUGCUGAGUAACAGAUUACUUGUAAUUGUGGGCCAGCACAAUUUACGACAGUAUGAGAGUAGUCGCCAGGAGAUUCGCGUUCUGAGGUCAUACCCCCAUCCGCAUUAUGGAAAACAAGGUGGCGGCAUAUUCGCUGACAUUGUUAUUCUGAAACUGGAAAAGAAGAUAAAAUUUAAUGAUAAAGUUUUCCCUAUCCAAUUGCCGGAUCUUAACGUGGAAACGAAUAUGCCUGUGGUGGUCACUUGGGGAGAACUAGUAAAGUCGAUUGAAAACCCAAAAGCUUCUGGUCUCCAAGUGAUGAAGUCCACCAUACUGCCUUAUUACGAAUGCCUGAAGCACUACGGCUAUGCUGACGUGUUCUGCGCAAUAGCUCCUCGUCAAGACGUAUCCGCCUGCAGCGGCGACUCAGGGGGUCCAGCGAUGAGCGAUGACAUUCUCAUUGGCGUCGUGUCCUUCGCCGUAGAGGAUUGUCCACCGCGUUACUCUCAAGCAUUUAUUAAUCUUUAUUAUCAUAGGGAAUGGCUCAUGGAAACGAUAGAAAAGGCUUUAAUGAAUGAAAUGUUUGAUGUUCGGCCACCUUCCAAGAAGCCUACUACUACUACUACUACUACUACUACUAAGAAAUGA